AUGAACAACCAAUUCACUGUGGUAUAUUUGGAGUUCAUGUCUUACGUACUUGCACUGGUAACAAAAUUCAAUGUCUUGUUUCAAUCAGAAACUUCCCUUCUUUACAAAUUGAAACCAGAAGUCGAAAACCUUUUGAAAACGUUGUCUUCUAAUUUCAUGAAAAUUAGCUAUAUCAAGUCCUGUGCUAAUAUUUUAAACGCAGACUUCAAAAACCCAACACAUUUUCUAAGUUUAAACGAAAUAUAUAUUGGAUUAAAGGCUGGAGAAAGUAUUGAAAUUUUAAAAAAUGACGAAAAUGUACCUCGUGCUGCUAUUGCAGAUUUCUAUAGAACCUGCCAGGAGUUUUAUAUUGAAUUGACGUCAGAUAUUACCAAGCGAUUUGAUUUUGGGGAUCCUCUAUUUUCUAUUAUAUCCGCUGUAAAUCCAUCAGAAGCUCAACAGUUUCUAAUUAAAUCACUUGUGCAUGUGCUGAAGCGAUUUCCAGUGCUUUGUAAAUUUGUGACCGCACAAAAAUUAGAUGACGAGUGGCGAACUCACGCUUUGUUAGAUUUUGAGCAACAUGGGCUUGAAAUUCAUGGAGAUAACAUCAAUGCCGAAAGUUACUGGGGUAAAGGAACGAGCAAGAUUAUACUGUAUGUAAUAACUAAAGAAGAUAUGGAAAAUAUUUCAAAAGAGCUUCCAAGAAACAUUACAAGAUUACAAGGUACUUUGCACGUGCACCAAGUGUUCACUUCCAAAUACGGUGAAUUAAUGCAUCGUACGUUGAGUUGUUUUUGCGAACGGGGAUUUUGCAAGUGUUUAGAACCUAAAAUUUACCAUCCUGUUCCUCUGGUAUCACCAACAACUGCUGAUGCAUCAGUCGACAAUGAUACUGCAAUGGUGAUUCCUUCAUCUCCUACGGAUUCAGCAGAUGCUAGUGGUACAUGUGGUGAUAAUAAUAUCGUUAACUCUCUUUCAUCUUCUAUGUCUUCUGACGAUGACGAACCUCUUAACAGAAUCAAAUCAAGGUGUUCCGGAGCUACAGUAACUACUGCUAGCAAACCACUAGCAGAAAUAAACUACACAGACUUAGCCAAGGACGCGGGUAAACGAGGAGCUGUUUACGAUAUGGUUUACGGUUUCAUAGACGCAUCUAAUGAAGAAAAUCAGCCUACGACUUCUGGGAAUAAUAAAGUGCUGCCAAGUAACGGAGAUUUCCUUUUAGUAAACGUCCACGCUGGUAAGAAUAAAACUUAUACUUACGCAAGCCUUGCACAAAGUGAUCUCGAACACGAUGGCGAGAUUAAAGUGAUAUUUCUCCGGGCAUACAAGGGUGCAACUAAGUUUAAAUUAGACGAAAACGAUAUAGCGUUUGUUGAAUUUAAUGAUAUUAUAAAAAUUCUCCCUAAACCAAAACAAAUAAUUAAGAACGAAAAAGUCUAUUAUAAUUUUCAAGAACAAUUAGACAUAUAUGAAAAAUAA